AUUUUGGUACCUGUCCGGCUGGAAGGGAAGUGUCACCUCUGACUUGAGGUGGUUGUGCGGCUUUAGCAGUCCUCUUUGAUUCACACAUUCCAGCAUCCUCUUCAUUCAAAAUGGGAGUAGAUCAGCUAGAGCCGGGGAAGCAACACACCCGAUAUGACCACCCUCCUAUGAACCCCGGGCUGGCAACACCUCUGUAUGUCCUGGGCGGUUUCUUCGUUAUCUCAUUCCUCGGCCGCUCUAUGAUAAGGCUACGACACCAUCGACGGCUGCGCGAGGUUCUCAGAGAGGAUAAACAAGAAAGGUUCGCUCGCAACGGUGCUCUUUCAGCCUUUUUCAACAGACAUGUCUUUUAUGCACCGUUAUGGUCUAUUCGCCAUAGUCGCGAGUUUCGCUUUCUGGGCCGGAUCCAUAUGGGGAUAAUCCCACUACGGCUGGAGGCUGUUCUACUGCUCGCAUACUUUGUGUUGAACAUCGUCUUCUUUUUUGUACUUUCCAACUGGUGGUCGGGCUACCAGGAGACGAUGUACCAAAUCAAGUACGCCGCUGGUCACCUUUGCGUGAUGAACUUGCCCGCACUUGUUCUCACUGCUGCUCGUAACAACCCCCUUAUUCCAAUGCUAGGGUUGCAGUUUGAUACAUUCAACCUAAUGCAUCGAUGGAUCGGGCGUCUCAUUAUCGGCGAGGCCGUAGUUCAUAUGGCCUGUGUGGUAGCAGGGAAAGCUAAAGAGAUGAGCAUGUCGGAGGUGACCCAUCUUCUCUGGAACACGCCGUUCUUUAUAGAAGGACUUGUUGCCUUUAUUGCGUUCAUGGUGAUACUAUUUCAGUCCGCCUCUCCCAUCCGACAUGCCUUUUACGAAUUCUUCCUUCAUUUCCAUAUCAUGCUUGCAAUAACCUCAUUUGUUGGCCUCUGGUAUCACCUUCGCGGGUUGGCUCUACAACGUGUCCUGCUGGUCACGCUCAUUCUGUGGGGUCUUGAUCCUGGCGCGGUCAUGGACCUUCAAGCCGGGCAAUACAUGUAUCUCUACAUGCCCUCCCUUGGUCUCUGGACAUCGCAUCCAUUCUCCAUCGCAUGGACGGACGACCGAGCGAGUCUGACCGAAAAGCGCGGAUCCAAUGAAUCACUCAGCAUCUUGCUGGGAGGCCCGCAGCGUGAAAUCAUGUCCUUCCUGAUCAAGCGACGGGACGGAUUUACCAAUAAGCUUCUCGCGAAAGUUAACAAGUCGAUGGAGGGAAAGUUCACCGCAUCUGCCCUGGUUGAAGGCCCGUUCGGUGGCCUUCAUUCUCUCUCUUCAUACGGGACAAUUCUCUUAAUCGCAGGCGGCAUUGGAAUCACCCACCCAAUGUCUUAUUUGCAUGAGAUCAUGAGUAGAUUUUCCCAGAAGUCGACCGCUGUUCGGAAGGUCAGCCUGAUCUGGGUGAUCCGCAGUAUUGACCAUCUGGAAUGGAUCCAGCCGUGGAUGACAUCUCUCCUGAACCAUCCGGCACUCCAAGUGCCGAGCGAACAAAAAGGCCACACAUACUUCCAGUUCCCAGAAUUCUCCCUCUCUAUUCAAAUAUAUCUCACGUUAAGUGAAAGUACAGACGAGUACUCGCUAGACGAGAGCCCCUGGACCAAUUCCGCACCGCCAAGCGUACCCAUCAGCGUGGUCUUCGGCAAGCCAUCAUUCGACCAAAUCCUAGAAGACGAGAAGAAGCAACAGAUAGGUGCAAUGGCAGUCAGCGUGUGCGGACCAGGCGGGAUGGGCGAUGACGUCCGCAAAUGCGUUCGGGAUAACCAGGGGACGCAAACCAUAGAUUUAUACGAAGCGUCGUUCUGCUGGUAGACGUGUACAUUUCCUUUUUUAUCUUGCUCGCUUAGCUUGCCCUUAUCCAUACUACUGAUAUAUCCUGUUCCUAGCUCUAGAUUAUGCUUACACUGAAUGAAUGUCAAUGUUGCUGAUA